AUGAAUUUUCCAAUUUCUACUCUCUUGCUCUCCUACUUUUGCCUUUUCUCUUGCUCAUAUGCUUUCAACAUCACCCAGAUGCUAAGCAACUACAAAGAUUUCAGCACCUUCAAUGACUACUUAACCCGAACCACAGUUGCCGAUCAGAUCAACAAACGCGAAAGCCUCACCAUCUUCGUUGUUGACAAUGGUGCGAUGGGAUCGGUCACUAAAAAAUCACUGGACAUGGCCAGCAAAAUCUUGAGCCUUCACGUUGCCCUUGAGUACUUUGACACCAAGAAGCUCCAACAAUUGCCAACAAACGAGCCAACCCUUAUGACCACACUACUUCAAGCCAACGGCCAACCAACUGGCCAGCAGGGUUUCUUGAAGGCCACAAUUGGUGGUAACAGCAGCGGAGGAGGAGGAGUCAGUAUUUCCUUGGCCUCUAGCUCUGAUCAGAGCGCAAGUGUAGUCCAGAGUGUUACUAGUCAGCCUUAUAACAUUUCCGUGAUCCAAAUCAGCAAUGCGAUAGUGCCUAAUAUCAUCUCUCCACCAACUGCAGCUCCUACUAAAAUGCCUUCAUCUCCUUCGGAAAGCCCAGCCGACUCUCCGGGAUCGCCAAAGGGCUUGUUGGACUCUCCAAAUGCUGCUCCAGGUACCGGUACUGCAGAUGGUUCGACUGCAGCCUCUCCAGAUGAUCCAAUAUCCCUUCUGGUGUUCAGUCUUAAUCUCCUGGCCAUCAGGAAUAGACCUGGAAACUUCUUAUCCACCAUAUUGGAGAAUGAUGCUUUCCUUCAACGGCGCCCUCAGCAAUAUCCUCUGCGAUUGAGGAUGAAGCAUUAA